AUGGCUACGCUAAAUAAUCGUGCGAAGAAGUCGGUUGGAAAAAUCGAAAAGGUAGGAGAAAAUUUAAAAAACGUGGAAACCAUAUCCAAUCUGGUGGAUGAUGUAUCGAACAUAACAAGCGAUGCAGGCAUCCAUGCUGAGUUAACAAGAAGAAUCGAGGCUUAUGAAAAUAGAAUGAAGGAAUUGGAACAAGAAGUUUUCAAUAAAAAUGCUGACGUUUCGCCACUCCGAAAAGCAUUUUACACAACUGGAAUUAUGGCUGUUGUGACGAUAUUCUCAUUUGUCAUGUGGAACAAUAUGAUACAUCGUGAAGAGCAAAUUGGACAACUUCGUGAACAUUCUGAACAAUUAAAUGAAAUUUCAUCACACGUGUCAAAUAUCGAAGGAGAGCUAUCAAAAGAACGUCAUAUACGCGAAACAUCUGAUUGCAGAAAAGUAUCGCUGGAUAAUGCAAAGAUUUUGAGCAGAAACGGAGGCCUAUUCGAUAUUUAUCACAAUCGUCGAAAGAUAGAAGUUUUUUGUGAUUUAGAGACAGAUGGAGGUGGAUGGAUUGUAUUUCAACGCCGGAUAGACGGAUCGGUUGAUUUUUAUCGGGGAUGGGACGAUUAUGUGCUCGGAUUCGGAAACAAAGAAAAAGAGUUUUGGUUAGGACUUGAAACCCUGCACAAACUAACAUCCGAUGGAAGAAAAUAUGAACUCAGAGUUGACAUGGAAGACUGGGAAGGACAUGCAAGAUAUGCAAAAUAUUCAUUGUUUAAAAUUGAAUCCUAUGCCGUCAAAUAUCAAAUAGGUGUGAAUGGGUAUUGGGGCAACGCUGGCGAUUCUUUCAGUGGGACAAAUGGGAAGAAAUUCACGACAAAGAAUAGGGAUCUUGACACGCACGAAAAAGUAAAUUGCGCUGUGGCGCACAAAGGAGCAUGGUGGUAUAGUGCUUGUCAUACGUCCAAUUUAAACGCCAAAUACUAUGAAGGUGAACACAAGUCCUACGCGGACGGUAUAAAUUGGUAUACAUGGAGGGGACAUCAUUAUUCACUAAAAUUCACCGAGAUGAAGAUACGUCCAGCUGCUUAGUGUAAAUAAAAGAUUACCAAUAUACCCGAGCAACAUCAUUAUUACCUAACAUGUCAUGUGUUGUCUAGCCAAACACAUAAGACAUAUAUAUACAAAGAGAUAUAAAGACAGAACAAGUAGUGCAUUGUAAUAUAAUGCAGUGAUACUUAUGCUAUUUUAGCGAUUACAUAUAAAUAGUUACUGUGUAUUCUAAUACUUUUCACCACUCAUUGUUAAUAGUGUGUGUUAUUUGCCUCACACAAAGUCGUUGCCUCAGUCGUUUCCUUGUGAUAUUUUUGUACAACAUUUUAGGCGAAAAUGUUGAUGACGUAUUUUCCCUCUCUCAAGUGUUGCUUGUCUAUGUUUUAUCGUUUUUAGUUAGUUGGAAAUUUAGUUUCACCACAUAUACUUUCAUUAAGGUUUUGAGUGUAUUCUUUAUCAGGUAUUUGGAUCAAUUCUAUUGUGCAACUCUGCAAUAUGCGAACAUUUGGCAUUACAGCCUAUUGCGUGCUUAUAGACGUCUGAGGGAGUCAGUGGGGUCACUCAACUUAAGUACGUUUAAUAGUACUGGGGUAAGAGCACGCAGAAUAAGUACCCACUCAUUGCUAUAAUAUAUUGAGAGCUAUUAAACGACCACACUUGGACUUUACUCCAAACUUUCCUCCGCAAAUUUCUGUCGGCUCUAUGGAAUUCGUAACGUCAUCCAAAAUUGCGCACCUUGUGCCAGUUCCGCUUUUGUUAUUCGUGAAGACUUCGGCACCUGUAGUGUACUGUGAUUACAUUCCCUUCAUACUUCGUUUUGACCUUCGAGCCUAUAUAUUUAAGCAUCGCUCUUCUAUUUAUUAUUUUCUUAUAUGUUAUAUGAAUCAAUACAACUUUGAAGUAA